GUGGUGGCAAGCCUAGCGAAGAAUAAGGUUAUGGUGAUUUUGGAUAAUCAUGUAAGUAAGCCACAAUGGUGUUGUUCAAUGACAGAUGGAAAUGGGUUCUUUGGUGAUAAAUACUUCGACCCUGAGGUUUGGAUCAAAGGCUUGACUAGAAUGGCCACUAUUUUUCCGUGAUAACCCGUAUGUUAUUGGUUUGAGUUUAAGGAAUGAACUUCGCGGACCAAGGCAAAAUGCUGACGAUUGGUAUAGGUACAUGCAAAGAGGAGCAGAGGCAAUACACAAAGCCAACCCAAAUGUAUUAGUAAUUCUUUCCGGGCUAAGCUACGACUCAGAUUUAACCUUCCUGAAGAAAAAGCCGGUAUCUCUGAGUUUCACAGGAAAGCUAGCUUUCGAGGUACAUCAGUACUCGUUCUCAGCAGGGCUAGAUUGGAGAGACAAUAACGCGAACCAAGUUUGUGGAAAUAUGACAGACAGCCUGAUGAACAAUGCCGGAUUUCUACUUGAACAAGGCUAUCCUGUGUAUGUAGGAGAAUGGGGUUUGCCAUUGAGUGGCACAUCUAAGGAUGACAGGAAAUUCUUUAACUGUUUUCUUGCUUUAGCAGUUGAACAUGACUUAGAUUGGGCGUUGUGGACAUUGACUGGGAGCUAUAAUCUUCGACAAGGAAUUAUUGGAGAUAAUGAAGUUUUUGGAUUGCUAACAUGGAAUUGGACUGAUGUUCGUAACACAACUUUCUUGGAGAAGAUCUCUGUUAUUCAAUCCCCUCAUCGAGGUCCAGAUCCUACAUACCGCCACACACACAAGAUUAUAUUUCACCCAUCAACAGGACAAUGCAUUGUAAAAGAUCCAGUGAAGGGAAUUAAGCUUGGAAGUUGCUUUGAAUCCGACCAUUGGAUCUACACACCCGAACUGACCAUUGGCAUCAAGGAUUCAUUCCACUGUUUGAAGGCAAAAGGUUUAAAUCGUCGUGCUAGGCUUGCCACAGACUGUGUAGGAGGAGGAACGAAAUGGCUUCCGAUCACAGCCUCGAAGCUCCAUCUUGCAACUAGAUUGGACGACUACUCUGUUGCUUGUUUGGAUGUAGAUUCUAAUAACACUCUAAUUACAACCGCUUGCAAGUGUUUAAGUAUCGACGACAACGUGUGUGACCCUGGAAGCCAGUGGUUUAAGAUUGCUGAUGCUAAUGCUAAUGCUGUUACUACUAACUAGGUUGAAAGUUAUAAUUUCGGAUGUGAUAUUAUUCUCUAGAAUAGCCGGUAUAUUAGAAACCUAUUUUAGUCUAGAUUUGGCUUACACGUUUUUACCAUUCACUUGAGUGGGUUUUUCGUGUUUCAAGCAAUUAGAAUUAUUUUUUUUUAGGAUAAAUUUUAUUUAUAUUAGAAAUCUUGUUAGUUUUAUUAUGUUUUAGGAGUCAUUUUGUUUUCUUGUCUUUUAUAGUUUGUAAUUACUCCAUACUAUUUAAGGCCAAACAUAUAAGAAGUAUUUAAUAGCCAUAUAUACAGAUGAUUCCUUGAUUAGCUAGCACGUAGAUCACGGACUUUAACUUUGAGAUUGGUCAAGUUUAUAAAAAUUAAAAGUAUGGAGCUUAAUUAUUGGGCACUGCCCG